GCCACCUGCAGCCAUGUGUUCAGAUAUAAGGCGGUAAUACUAAGGGGUGCCUUCAUUCCUAAUAUAUAUUCUCCCUCGUUCUCUUCCCUUUCCCUCUCUCCCCUCUCCAUGGACGAUCCCCAUGGCUUUCCUUACAACCGCAAACGCAAAGCCGACAGUGACGACCAGGAUCCUUCGUCGAACGAUGCUGUAGUCGACGCCAUGCUCGUCGACCAGCCGCCCUCAGGAGUGUCCUGCAACGCCCCACGACAGUCCUGGUUGAACACAGGCGCCAUUUGGGAUACGGGAGACUCACAGCUCGCCAGCCCUGCCAAACGCCCGCGCCACGAAACAGCAAAGAUGCCUCCGAGAGCAAUGCCGUCAAGGCGUCUCGCUUUGGCACGGAAAUUCCCAGUCAAAAUGCCCCCAGCAAAGCCGCCGCCAAUUGAUAGAUAUGGCAGCGACGUCGAGGACCUUGGCACUGUAUGCGGUGCAGAUCCUGGGCCGUCGACCGGUUCUCUCCUUCAUCUCAGAGACACCCCUGUGGUCGCGAAAUGUGUCUCGCGGCUGCCACAGCUCCCUGACGCUGCCCAGCCCAUUCAUAUUGAAGCCAAUUCACCGCAAUAUACCGCCCCAGCUGCCUCUGUUAACAGACAGAGUCUGAAGGAGGUUAGAUCUGGACGUCAUUCUUCGCAGCCCACACUUCUCGAUUUCACACAGGCCCACGACUUGCUCUUUGAUCCGUACUGGAAUGCAGUCACUCAGGAACUUGAGUCAGGUUGCACAUGUAUAUCAGCUUCGACGUGCAUAGUCAACCUCAUUUACCCGUCGUUUGCUUGUAAUCAUUCUUCGCCUUCCGAUGUCCCCGUCUCCGUACUUUCACCUUCUCUUCGUGUUGUAACGCUGCGAAUGCCGUCCCGCAUUCGGCCACUCCUUUCAGAAUUUCUAGAGGUCCUUCUUCUCGUUCUACAACCCCUCUCAAGUAUAUCUGGCAUGUACGUAAAUCCUGGAUCCUUCAAAUCCCAGAUCCAGGAACAUACGGCCCAGGCCAGCCACAUUCGCUCUAUAUUCGAUCCGUCACUCAUCGAGCAAGAGCUUAAGCAUCGGGUUUUCGACCCUUCGGGAUUGUUCCGCUCUAUUGGUUCCACGCUCAAAGCCCACUGCGCUCCCAUAGGGACCAGGCACCAGAUCGGCAGGGCGGAUCCUAUCAAGGCUAUUCGGCUUUGUAUGGACAUCUUAGAACUCAUGAAAUUGCUGCAAACUUUGCGUCCCUAUCUGAAGCGAACGUCAGGUCAUUGGGAACUCAAGACCUUCAAAGGCCUCAAGCUGUAUUCCUCCUUGACUGUGACUCGGGAGUGGAUAUGGCGAUCGCACUCAUCUAUGCUUUCCCAUGCAGCUGUCUUUCUUCACCCGUCGUACUCGGACGGCCUUAAAUACCCUCAAUUGAAACGAAAUCAGCAAAUUUACAUCGCUGGCCCUCAAGGCCCUUCUUCUACACCUCCGACAUCCCCUACUACUCCACUUCCGGGCUUCCCAGAAACGUGCUAUCUCGAUAACAACCGCCUACAAUGUUCAUGUUCUUCUUGCUUUUGUACCGACAGUUGCUGUGCUCAGGAAACGCGCCCUAACUCCGCACCAACGAACUCCCAAGGUAGACGAGGCGAUUCCUCCAAGGACAGUGAUGAAAAAUGGUUACGCGUAAAACAGGACGUUUCAAAACAAAGCUUAUUAUCAUCUCUUUUCUCGCCCUACAUUAUCACCACAAUAUCAGCACCCUCAUCUCCACUUUCACCAGCGCCACCUCCGCCUUCAUCACCUUCGCCGUCCCCCGCAUCUUCAUCACCACCUUCCCCUCACAUGCGGCCUUCGUGUUUAUCUAUCGGUCCUCCUCCAGACGAGCAAUUCCUCAGCGUCGCUCAAAAAUGGGCAGAUCUCCAUAUCCAACCGAACUCACACCUCACAAUAAUGCUUCGUAAUCGCCUUCGCGACGUCGUAUUUAACGCCGUUGUCGCUCUCUGCUACCCGGGCAGGGACUCCUCAACUGGACAGCUGUCGUCUGUUGAUUUCUUCUCGAUGAUUUCCUCCACUUCACGGUCAACCGUGAAUAUCGGAACUGCCACCGGUAUGGAACCUCUAGCCGAGGAGAUUCGUACCCUCGCGGAGAAGAUAUCCCGGCUGGCGCUCGUCCACCUCAAUGCAUACUUACCGUUAUACGAGCAUCCCAAAUUUUUGUCGUUGAUGGCGUGAUAUACAAACUGCGCCUUUCACCCUUCACCUUGUAAUAAUCUUUAGUUUCAUCACUUAUCAGCAUCUUCGAACCCGGACGAUUUCGUGAUACCUCUUCAUCAGGCUCAUAAUUAUUACCACGCAUUAUCCUUUGGGCAUCUUCAUUUUUUAACAUCCUUGUUUAUGGUUGGCAUGCUACUCAUGGCGGUGUACGAGACUAAUUUUAGCAGUUGAAAGCAAAAUAAUACAUAGCAUCGGUACAUAUACAUUGCGUACAUUAAAUAAACAAAUCAAUAAAAAAACGCAAAUACCCAAGUAUGCCUAACCGGAGCAUUUGGAAUAUGGAAGACGAAUCAGUGCGACUUCUAUUACUCUCAUACAGCAGAUAUCGCGGCAGAUCAAAACAUGGCUGAAACGAUUUAGAGAAAAAACGAACAACGGAAACUCC